CCUCCAAUUUUUAUCCUUGGCAGACCGAACUUUAAACCACAACACCUGCUUGUGGUUUCACCGGAAAAUCAGAUCUCAGCGGCUUUCAUCGCUGCAUUUUCAAAUGACAUCAGCGUUUUUGAAUAUUGGCAGCUACCUUUUCGUCUUCUGCUUGUCCUUCUUAGCAACAUUGACUUCACCUGCUGGAGCCAAUGUUGCUGUAUUCGACGACUACUGGACACAACGUCAAAGCGAUGCAUUGAAACAAACCAUGGCCUCUUUCGAUCCUAAUCCUCUUAAUGUCACCGACCAUUUGAAUUACCAUGCCGCUUUAGCGAUGGACGCCACGGAAUCUGUCAACAACACCAGGAGAGAGCUUUCACAGGUGAGAAAUGGUCGGAAACUGCGAAAGAGAAGCAGGAAAUGCGUAGCUUACAACCCCAUAGACAAAUGCUGGCGAUGCAACGGUGACUGGGAGAAGAACCGUAAGAAACUAGCGGACUGUGUGCUCGGAUUCGGCAGGAAAACCACCGGAGGCAAAGACGGACCUUUCUACGUCGUCAACGACCCCUCCGAUGACGAUCUUAUCAACCCCAAGCCAGGAACGCUAAGGCACGCGGUGACGAGAGACGGACCGCUUUGGAUCAUAUUCGGAAGCAGCAUGAUCAUAAAAUUGCAACAAGAACUGAUCAUAACGAGCAAUAAAACGAUCGAUGGACGAGGAGCUAGGGUUUACAUCAUGGAAGGUGCUGGAUUAACGGUGCAGUUUGUGAACAAUGUGAUCAUACACAAUAUUUAUGUCAAGCACGUUGUUCCUAAGAGCGGUGGUUUGAUCAGAGACUCCGAGCAGCAUAUAGGGCUUAGGACGGUGAGCGAUGGUGAUGGAAUCAGUUUGUUUGGUGCAACUAAUGUCUGGAUCGAUCAUGUCUCUAUGACAAGAUGUUCAGAUGGUAUGAUCGAUGCGAUUCUUGGCUCCACUGCUAUAACUAUUUCCAACAGCCAUUUCACCGACCACGAAGAGGUGAUGCUAUUUGGGGCAAAUGACAAACACGUGAUCGACAAGAAAAUGCAAAUAACAGUUGCGUUCAACCACUUUGGCAAGAGAUUGGAUCAAAGGAUGCCUCGUUGCAGAUUCGGAACGAUCCAUGUGGUGAACAAUGACUACACACAUUGGGAAAUGUAUGCAAUUGGUGGAAACAUGAACCCUACAAUCAUUAGUCAAGGCAACCGUUUCAUUGCUCCUCCUAAUGAACGAGCCAGACAGGUUACAAAGAGAGAGUACACGCCUUACAGUGCUUGGAAAAUGUGGAAUUGGCAAUCAGAAGGAGAUUACUUCUUGAAUGGGGCUUACUUUGUGCAAUCCGGAAGACAAAAUGCAUGGAGCCCUAAACCGGUUAACCCUGUCCCAAGAAAGUUUGCCAUACGACCUCAACCGGGAAAAAUGGUCCGUAAACUCACCAUGGAUGCAGGAGUACUUGGCUGCAAGCCGGGUACAGCAUGCUGAUCAAAACUACCAUUUUGUCCCCUUCCAACAAACAGGCAAAGCUUUGUAGUUUUGCUUGUUUUCCAAGAAAAAAGAGGGGAGAAAGAAAGCAAAAGGAAUGUUUUUCUAUGAGUGGGAUUCAUUAUUCUUUAUUAGAAUUCAGGUUCAUUUUCAUGUGGAAAAAAAGAAAAAGAAAAAUACCUUUUAGAUCUAUAUAAAAUCUCUCUCUAUUUUUUCGUUAAAUCUUUUUGUCUUGUCUCAUGUGUUGAUGCUUCAAAAAGGAGAUAAAAAUUUGGCAUUAAUUUGGUCAGUGUCAUUAGGUCUUUGUCGUUGUUUUAUCACAAAAUUAUAAUGAAAUUAGAACUAAA